AUGGUAUCCUCCGUCGGCGUGAGCGUCGACAUCGACAGCGUCUUUAGCAACGGCUACGGGGAAGCCAAGCGGGGCUGCGAGAGAAUGCUUGAUAAGACCCUCCAGCAGCACCCCGACCGAUUCCGCAGCAUGGUGGUCCGCCUGGGCCAGAUUGCCGGAUCCAAGACCAGCGGGUACUGGAACCCGAUGGAGCACUUCGGUUUCCUCGUCAAGUCGUCGCAAACACUCAAUGCCUUUCCCGAUGUCCCCGGCACCGUGUACUGGACUCGAUAG